UUCAGGUCAAAGCCCGUAUUCCUCGACAACCUCAUGAGGGCCCUGUUCUUUCUCCUCUCCGCCUUCUUCUCCGGGACCUCCGGGAUCCCCGGGAGGACCUACGAGGGCCACAGCCUCCUCCGCGCCACGCCGGAGGACCCCGACCAGCUGGGGUUCCUCAGGGACUUCCGCGCCUCUCGGCCGACGAUGGACUUCUGGACGGAGCCGUCGGCCGUGGGCCGACCGGUCGACAUCCGCGCAGCGCCGGACGAGAAAUUUCCCGUCGAAGAGGAAUUGAGACGCAAUGGACUCCACGUUCGUACCAUCAUCUCCGACAUCCAGAGCCUCAUAGACGAAGAGGAGUGGACUAGCUCCGCGACCGGGCGGAUGGCUUGGGACGACUACCAAGACCUUGCAACCAUUUACGAGUGGGUGGACUCGCUGGCGUUGCAACACCCGGAGACGGUGACGGUGGAAUCCAUCGGGACGACGUUUCAAGGUCGGGAGGUGAAGAUGGCGCGGUUCAACAGGCGCAGCGGCCUCAACAAGACGGCUGCCUUCGUCGAUGCCAGUCAGUUGAUCCAGUCCCCAGUAAUUGCUUCCAGGAGUGCGAAAGACGCUCCACGGGCGGAUGCUGUAAGCGGCUGGACGUUCGCUUGCCUAACGAGUACCGUUCGCCUCCUCCUUGCAUGCGCAGACAUCCACGCGAGGGAAUGGAUCACGUCGGCGACGCUCACUUACGUCAUGAACGAGAUCCUCGCCAUGCCGGAGGUGCUGGACCUCUACGACCUCCACUUCGUUCCGGUCUUCAACCCGGAUGGUUUUGUGUAUACGCACACGACGGUGAGAUCCGCGUGCAACCCACAUAAAGUUAUGAUGCUUGAGGGAGGCUCCAGCAACGACUCGUGCUCUGAGACGUACCACGGCCCGUACGCCUUCAGCGAGUCGGAGACACAGGCGGUGGCGCAGUACCUGGAGUCUAUGAUGGAUGAAGUGGACUGGAAGCUUUACCUCACAAUUCACUCCUACGGGCAGGUGAUCCUCAUCCCUUGGGGAUGGACGGACGUGCCGCCUGACAACUAUGACGAUUUGAUGGAGGUGUCCUUGGCGACCAUAGAGGCGAUCGAAGAGGUGAACGGGACCAUCUUCGAAAUCUCCGAGCUCGGUAGCCCUGGACAGGAGCUGACGGGGAACACGAUGGACUGGGCGAAGGGGGAGGUCGGCAUCCCCUUCGCCUUGUCCUUCGAGCUGAGGGACAACGGGGAGACCGGCUUCCUCCUUCCGCCGGAGCAGAUCCGGCCGUCUGGAGAGGAGAUCCUCGCUGGGUUCCUCGCGAUGCUGGAGGGGGUGCGGAACAAGACCGUGGCGUUCUAGGACCGAUUUGGAAUAAAAGUCCUUUUGCGGUGG